AUGCCGACCAAUUUUACUAAGCUUCAUAGUCUCCUCCUUAGCCAUGAAUUCAUGAACAAAGAAUCCACUUUUGUGCCCUUAACUAUUGCUCAUACUCCCGGUCUUUCACCCACUCAACCAUCAACACAUUUUGUUCAAAAGAAUCAAGGCACCUUUCAUAAUGGUAGAGGUAGAAGGUUUCGAAAGCGUGGAUGUGGCUGCUAUAACGAAAGAUCUAAUAAUAACGCUUAUACAUUUACAUGGGGUUCUUGGACUUUCAUGGAUAAUAAAACUAGAU